AUGUCCGAGAUUACGUCCAGCAAACCAGAGAUACCCAAUCCUUUUGAACAGAUUCUUACUGACUGUGAACAUGAUCCGAUUAAAGUACAAGACCGCUAUGAAAACCACCGUACAAAUAGAAAUGCACAAUCCAAGGCCAAACUUCUCAGCCCUGAUUUCUCAGGCUGGCAGAUAGAUGAAAUCCUCCGCAAGUUGCACGCACAGGGGACCAACGCACAAAGAGACAAUGAGCCCUCCUUUGUUGAUCCUCGCAACAAUUUCACGCUUUAUGCCCGACCGCCACCAGAGAUCCGAGACCUGGUGGCUGAGAUCCAAGCGGAUAUUCAAGAUGCUGCGCCAGCCAUCUGGGUGACACCGCCAGAUUCCCUGCACAUUACCGUGAUGGAAAUGGCUAGCGGACGGACAGAAGCCGAUAUUGAGGCGUUUCUCACCCAUCUACAAGAAAGUGGCACGAUACCAGACCUGGUGGAUUACACUUUCCAUCAUCGGACGAGGUUGGUUAAGCCCAUUCUUAGCUAUGAUGCGAGUGCCAUGGCCUUGAGCUUCGUUCCUGCGGCUGGGGAGGAAACUGCCGUUGGAAACCAGACAUACUGCGAUGAAGGCGAUAGGUAUACCUAUCACCAUUUGCGACGUGAUCUUUUUGAUCGCUUGACUGCAACCGGUUUACUUAUGAAACCGAGGUAUAUUGUUCCCUCAGCCCAUGUUACCAUUGCGCGGUUUAUUACACACGAUGGAUUUAUAGGAGAAGGCUCAGGGCCAGAUGGAGUCCCGGUUGUAGAUCAGGAGCGAGUCGCUACGCUGGUCGAGAGGAUCGAACAGAUUAAUGGAAAACUGCGGCAAAAAUAUUGGCCGCAGGAGAAUAGGCCCCUGUCUGCGAAAGGAGAGUGGAUUGUCAACGUUCCGAAAACCCGCCGGACCUUCUGCAAGGGCAAGGAGUGCAAGAAGCACACCCAGCACAAGGUCACCCAGUACAAGGCUGGCAAGGCCUCCCUGUUCGCCCAGGGUAAGCGCCGUUACGACCGGAAGCAGAGCGGUUAUGGUGGUCAGACCAAGCCCGUCUUCCACAAGAAGGCCAAGACUACCAAGAAGAUCGUCUUGCGUCUUGAGUGCACUGCUUGCAAGCAGAAGAAGCAGCUCUCUUUGAAGCGUUGCAAGCACUUCGAGCUUGGUGGUGACAAGAAGACCAAGGGUGCUGCUCUUGUUUUCUAAAUUUGCGAUUUCCUUGUUCGGCUCUGGGUUUCCUGCAUUGCACAGGCCGCUUCUCCCGCGGUGGGGUACAUGACAUUGGGCAAUGGGAAAAUGAAUAGGACUUCAUAUUCAGAAAAAAAAGAAUAUAUGACUCCUAGUUGAUGAGUCUCUUCAUGAAUUAAUCCCCGUUAUGACAAGUAGAAUGUCGCAAAAUACCUUCCUUCACCGUGCCCGUGUAAGCUACCAAGCUUUACGCCGUACCAGCUGGAUCAUCGUAUGACUUUAGUCUUCCGUAUCGCAAGUGUUAAUGCUGUGGCGAUGGCAUUGUUCUCUCAGCCUUGUAUUUCAUGUAGUCUCCACACACCCGGCUAUCACGCCAAGCUCCAAAUCUGCUAUGAAUAGC